AUGUAUGAUCUCUUUAUGGGCACUCAGCCAACAGAGAUCACGAAACCACCCGAUGUAUCUGUAGGCUGCACUCAUAAUGUCCUCGAUCAGAGGGAUAUCACGCAGAACACCAAAGUAGAUACCAUCCAGGUCUCCGCCCAACUUUACCAAAAGGCUCUACAAUUGGCCCUGUCGCCCCUUUCGUUUCUUGAUCCCAAGUUUUCAGGGCUUCAUGACACCGAAAGCAUAGGAAGGACUGUCCUUUCAGUCAGAAGGCUAGGUUUGAUGAAAUCUUCCACAACGCCGAUGACUCACCACCAAAACGAAGGAACAUAUACUGGGUUAGAGAAGGGUAGAGUAAGCAUCCCAGAAGUCUACACUACAAAUUGUCUUUUGACCAGACCAAGAUUACAAAGGCCAUCCUCAGCCCUCGACUUUGACGAAUACAUGUCUCACCUGGCAAACAAUGGGCUAGAGGUGUUCUCGAAAUCACUUGAGGAGCCAGCAAAGGUUAUUGCUAAGACCAUCGAAAACUGGUACAAAUUGAGGGGUCUGAUCAACACGAAGGAAAGCAAAGCCACGACACAGGGAACCCUCGAACCUGCGAUCCAGAGGAUCCAGACCGAGAAAUCACUGGGCUCCUCGGCAACGGCCUCCACUCGUUGUACGGUUGAUCAAGUACAACACAAAGAUUCUCUACCUUUCCAGGCAGGGGCAUUGAAUCGUGGCAUGAUGCAUGCACAACAGCAACAACCGCCAUACAACCAGGCAUUCUUCUCUGCUUGGCCUCAAUAUGAUGCAAACUUUGUUACAAGCACUUCGUUUCGUCUUAAUCAGGAAACUGUGGAAGAUGCGAAUCAUUACGCAUUUAAACCAGGGUCUCUCAGAGCCUGCGAAUCCAAGGAUGGCUCAGGUGGCGGGAAGAUGAGUAUACAGUCAAUGAUCAGCACUCAAAGGCCGCACCAGUCGAGACUGGAGAGCACACCUCAAUCAAUGGUAUCCUCUCAGCAAGCGUAUUCCAAUAGCCCCUGGCAGUAUGAUGUCCCACUGGAGGACAUCGAGCUGCUCGUCAACCUCUCUCAAGAUACCCGGCCAAUGGCAGUAAAGAACCGUCUUUAG